UCUGAAGAAGACGGCAUUGACAUCAGAGACUGCAGCACGCAGCGCGGCGCCACCUCGGAGAGUCUGCGUGUGGACUCCCCUGGCUCCUCCCACAUGUCAAGUCACAGCGGGGAGCUGCGCAUCCUGAGCGUUUAUGGACGAGGGGAGGGCCCACUGGCGGUGGACGUCCAUAACACCCUCUUUGCCGCGUCUGAACUGGAGGCCUUGAGCUCGCUGUCUGCUGACCACAGCGUGGCCAAGAGCCUGAACUGCAGUGUGCGGCUCGUCCGCCUUGAGGAGCUGACUGGGCAUCGGGGCGGCCGCAAGGGACGGCCCGGUGUCUUGUGUGGAAAGGUUAUUCCCAACAAUGCCAAUAUGAUCAUCCACAAGAGGACUCACUCCGCGGAGAAGCCCUACAAGUGUGACCAAUGCAUGAAGUGCUUCCGUCAGAAAGGCCCCCUGAAGCGCCACAUGAGGACUCACUCCGGGGAGAAGCCCUACAGGUGUGACCAAUGCACGAAGUGCUUCAGUCUGAAAGGCACCCUGAAGCGCCACAUGAUGACUCACUCUGGGGAGAAACCCUACAAGUGUGACCAAUGCACGAAGCGCUUCAGUCGGACAAGCCACCUGAAGAUCCACAUGAGGACUCACUCCGGUGAGAAGCCCUACAAGUGUGACCAAUGCACGAAGGGCUUCAUUCUGAAAGGCUCCCUGAAGAGCCACAUGAGGACUCACUCCGGUGAGAAGCCCUACAAGUGUGACCAAUGCACGAAGCGCUUCAGUCAGAAAAGCCACCUGAAUGGCCACAUGCUGACUCACUCUGGCGAGAAGCCCUACAAGUGUGACCAAUGCACGAAGCGCUUCAUUCGUUCAUACCGCCUGAGGAUCCACAUGAGGACUCACUCUGGGGAGAAGCCCUGCGUGUGUCUGCAGUGCAACGCCAGCUACUGCGGCCCAAGCAGUUUGCGUGUGCACAUGCUCAAGCACACUUUGACACGGGGUAACGGGACACUUUGAUUGAGACCUCUGUCCUGUAUUGGUUGAAAUUACUGCUUUUAGUUUUUCUCUUCAUCACGAUUAAACGCUUCGUACUUUC